AAAAAAAAAAAAGUCGUGCAAAAAUAUUGUCGCUGCACAACCUCUCAAAUACUAUCCAGGGGAUUUUAGCGGCGCUGACCACCCCAAACAGAGCCAUUUUUAGACGUUUACUGCUGACGUUUACAGAGGCUUCAAAUAGCUUCCGUUUUACUCUGGUAGUGAUUGGACUGUUUCUGUGAGCUAACACACAUAUUGGGGGGGUUGAACAAGUCCCGACACUCUACACUACUUCAAUGGAGGAACAGCCCAAAGAUCGGGCACAAGACAGGCAAUACCACCACCAACACCAACACCACCACCACCACCGAGGAGGAGAGGACAGAAACUCUACUACAACUUGUCUAAAAAAUGAUCAGAGCCACUUCCACCAGCGCCAGCAUCAGGAAACGCAGACGAAGAAAACAGGCAAUAAAAAAGUAAACAUCAGUGAGGAAGACGGGGAGAAGAGUCCACAUCUGUCUGAUACUGUUGGUAUGUCGCAUCCCCCCAACAGCAAUGGUAACAGACACACGAGUAACACAAAUGUGAAGCAGAAGUCAACACAAAAGCUGUACACGACUGUUCCAAAAGCGAGCAGCAAAGGACUGGACUAUAAGAAGAAUAUGGACCUUAAAAAUGACAAAGAAAAGGCCCUGGAUUUGAAUCAUCAUGAGGCCCAACCUCUGGAUAAGAAAGACUCUGUGUUGUUUCAAAAUGGCGUUGUAAACUGUGGCUUAAUUACAAAUGGCUAUUCGAGCAAGGACAAUGAUGGCAGCGGCUCCGAAGGUGGAUAUACUACUCCGAAAAAACGCAAGGCCAGAUGUAACAACACCAAGAACACUGAUAAUGUGAUUAGAGAAAAGGAGAAAGACAUGCAGCAGGGCAACACUACACAGGAGCAUGGGGCUUUUAAUGUCGAGGCGGCUGAGAAGGGAGUGACUUCCAGACUUGACGGCUUUCGAGCCGCCCAUAAAGCAGAAGCUCAGUCAGCAACAAGACGGGCCGUUGCGUCAGAUGCUUCGGCGAGCGAAUCUCAGAGGAAAAACUCUGAUGGCAAAACAGUUGGCACCUUUGGUAAAAAGACUGAGGAGAGGCACAAAGCCAAGCUUUCCUCACCUUCAAAAGAGGACUCGUGGACUUUGUUCAAGCCACCUCCAGUAUUUCCUGUGGACAAUAGCAGUGCUAAAAUUGUUCCCAAGAUCAGUUAUGCAAGUAAAGUAAAAGAAAACCUCAACAAAGUAGCUCAAGGUGGAGGAGAAGCACUGCCUCCUCCUGUUAGACUGUCACAGGUCCCUAUGUCUGCUAUGAAAACUAUCACCUCAGCUAGCUUUACUAAUGGUCCUGUUUCUGGAAAUGGAAACGGCUGCCCAGUGGGUACCUUCUUUGCUCCUGCUGCUAGUAGUAUUCCACCAGCCCCAUCUAUCCCAAGUGGCGAUAAUGUAGCAUCUCCUUUGGAAAGUAACUGUAGCUCUACAACUAGUCCCGUAGAUGGAGAAGCAUAUGAGCUUAGAAAGUGUACUCUUUUAAUUUACCCUUUAAAUAUGCAACCUGUGCUCCCUAGUGCUCGCCACCUUGACCCGCCGGCUGCUCAUACAAAUCAGAAAGCCUUGGGAGAUAUCUUCCAGAAUCAGUGGGGGCUUUCCUUCAUCAAUGAGCCCAACUUGGGGCCAGAAGGAGGAUGUGGCCAGGUGCCUGCAGAGGACAAGACUACUGUGGUCACACCUCAAAGCGAGUGUCAGGCUGUCGCAGCCAAGGCUGCCCAGCCGUGCUUUGAUGUUAGCCCAUCAUUCUUAGAGCCUGGCACUUUGGCUCCAGAGCCCGAGAAAAGGACUUGUGCCCCUUGCAGUGUGUCUAAUGCUUGUUCUCCUGCUUGUGCGACGAGCGAGGAGGAGAACAAGCUGCAGCCAUGUGGCCAGGAAAAGACGAAAGCUGAGGGCAAGGGUGCAGGUUCUGCUGCGUCAGCCCCCAGUAAAGACAACGGUGCUAAGCCUGCACAGGGCCAGCUAACCACUUUGUUGUUUGGCUCAUCUAAAGAACAGGCCCACUCUAAAGACAUUGGCAGAAGGUGUAGCUGGGGGUCCUUUGACAUUAAAGCUGCUGUCACUUAUCACACUAAAGAAAUGGAAUUCAUUUUCAACUUGCAAAAACAAGAUCCAAAAAGAGUAGUGGUUUAUGAUGAGACCAAGGACGGACCUGAUCAGUGAGGUAGAUGGUCUACAGUACUUACCUUCUUCACUUCUGGGUGCUGCAGUUCUCUACCUUGGAAAUCAUAAAUCCCAUUGGACUGAUAAAGUGACAACUGUGAAAACAUUGAUAGUAUAGCAUGACAGAUUUUCCUUGGAGUCUCGGGUGGAAUAACAACAGACUUCUUUGGGGGCGUCAGACAAACGCGCGCGCGCAUACACACACACACACACACACACACACACACACACACACACACAUACUCUGGAGGGACGUAAGAGGAGUCGAUCGGUGCCUCUCCAACAUGAUAACUGGACACUUGCAACUUUGGAGCUGUGGUUAGUCGUUUGUCUCACGGCUCUUUAGGAUGAUGUUUGGGAGUUCAACAAAAGGAAGGUGUUAUGGAUUGCACCUCCCUAAGCCUUUAUCCUGUUGAACUGCGGCAUCCGUCAGUCUGACUAUGGGAUGCCUCAGUCGUUUUUUUUUUUUCUUCACGCGUUCAAAUGAGUUCAUUGUAGAUAUGUUAGACAUUAUACAUACACAUCUGUGUGCAAGCUUGAAUUAAUCGUGCAAGAAAGGAGAACACACUUUGCAAAGAAUGCCUUGAAGUUUCGGACUAAAGAUCUUUUUUUUUUUUUUUGGAGUCCUGUUAAACUGUAAGUUGAGCAGAAGCUCGGCAGGUGAGGUGCCCAUCCAGGAAGGGAGAACCUUGUCUUAAAUCCUUUAUAGGGGAAAUCAGAGCCUGGAAAUUAAAUGCUUGCUUUUUAUUUUGUUGUCUUUUUGUUUUAUUAUUUUUGCUUUAUUUUUAUUUUGUCUGACCUAACAUGAGUGUUAUCCGCACUGCAGUGUGAACGCCCCUCCCUUCCCCUUCAGAGCACAGGUACAGAAGUGCCCCAUUUGAAGGAAAUCUGCGCCCCUUCAUUUUAUUGUUCAUUACAGGUGUGCUAAAGAUUUUAAAAAUCAGGUCUCCGUGAAAGGCAAAACCUUUUAAACCUAAAGCUUUUCAUACAUUUCAUGCAGAUCGUUAUGAGGUCAGUGCAGUCUCUUCUGAAACUCAGAUUCAUAUACGCUCUAAGAUAUGGUAACUGAGUGACUAACUGUUAAGCAAAGAGACAUUUGUACCGAUAGGUAUCCUGCGUUUUGUGCUAUUUGUUCGGCAGCAAGACUCAGGAUGUCCAUGCAGAUUAUUUUGCCUGCGUUUCUGUGUUUUUAAAAAAAGAAGAAAAACGAGAGAACUGUUCUAUUUCCUGUCGUCAAAGGAACACGUGUUGCAUUUUUACGGCUUAGAUUUUUUGUUGUUUUCUGACUCGGCAUCGGGUCUUUUUUACUUUUCUGUCUUAUGGCAUUGUACUUCCUGCAUGUUUACUGGUGGAAAUGAACGAGGCAGAGGUCACUGUUCAUCGCCACACAAAGAUAACAGUAACAACAACAAACAACAAUCGCAAUACUAAUCUAGGCCCCCUCCCGCCGCCACAUCCCCCCCAAACGACUAGCCACUUUUGUCAAACUGUGUUGAAAUGUGAAGAUGAGUUGUACUAUUAUGUUUUACUGUGGAUAACAUUUUACAUUUUUGCGAAACCAGUGUGCAAUAACACCGUGUGAUCCAUACAAUGUGUGAAAUGGGUUAUAUGGAGCUACAAAAUCAUCACCCCAAGAUGCUGGUGUGUGGCCUGCAGUUCAUUUGUUUGUUCAAAAAAAGAAAAAAGAAAAAAAGGUGCAUGUUCAGGUUUGUUGCACAAAUUCUUGAAGUGUUUUUCUUUAUUUUUAUUUUAUUUUUUUUGCAAGAGCUCAUGUUGAAAGUUUUAAUUAAAUCUAGGGAGCCCAAUUUUUUAGUUUUUUUUGUUUGUUUGUUUUGUUUUGUUCUAACUGCUAACUGGCCAGCUGUGACAUCACUUUCAUCACCUUCUCCAAAUCAGGAUUGGUUUAUUCAACAUAACAACAAAAAGGAACCAUCCAGGUUUCUUUUCCUCUAGAAGAUAUGAUUUGGUUAAUGUGUGGAUUAAUAGCACUUUAUGUAAACUAAUUGCUUUUAUCUUUUAAUUACUAGAGAGAUCUAUAUGUACUGACAAGAAAUACUCCUUGAAAGAAUGGCUCUGGGCUGUUACUUUUCAGAAUAAAAAAAAAUAAAAAAUAAGUUGAUAAAUACAGAAUUAUUAAAUGUAACUCAGGUAGUGUUGAUAAAGCCAUGACUAUGUUAAAUUUUUCUUUUCUUUUUUUUUUUUUGCCAUAUGGCCCCCUGUCAUGUAAUUGGAAAUGUUGAAUUGGAGUCCUAUUAUAUAGAGUCUUAUAUGAUGAUGUGACAAAACACCAAAUAAUUACAUGUGAGGAAAUAACUGUCACGGUAUGCGAGGAGGUGCGGUCAUCGAUCAUUUCGGGCUCUAAAGUUUCAUGUCCCCCUUUUUAGAUAUAUUAAAAAAAAAAAGAAGCACAUUGCUCCAUGCGUUUUCUAUCUAUACUAGACUGUAAUCUUCUUCUUGAUGGUUGAUUUUUCUCCCUUGUGUGUUCAUAGUGAAGCACCUCUUGAUUUAUUAUCGCUGAACAGUCAGUGAUGUUUCCAAGGGGGGUUGCUACGAGCUUUCUUUUCCCCAGUACACUUCUUUCCGCCGCGUCCUGAUUAGGCAACGCCGUUCUCUCCUGUGCAGAGAGAGGGGAAGUCGUAGCUGCAGCCGGUUGUCUUCACAUUCAACUUCCAUGUCUAAUCUCAGUCAGCUCUCUGGUAUUUAAAAAAAAAAAAAAAAAAAAAAAAAAGCUUUUGUUUUUGGCUUCCAUUGUACAGCGUGUGAUGGAUGAGUGUAUUAUCAUGCGCUUAGCCUCCUGAAUAAGAACAAUUGUGCCGACGAGGACGCCGGGGGGUACUCACGGAGAUAUUGCCCAUUAGCAUUUAGGCUUUUAUGUCUUUCUGUGCUCGUGGCAAUUGACAUUUAAUCUGUCAAAGUUACGCAAAACUCACAAUUUAAUUUCUUCCAAUCGCUCCAUAAUCCAUAGACGAAGUCACAUAUUCAGGUUCCUGUAUGGUAAAUGCCAAAUUGUUCAGGCUUGAAAGCAUUAUCAGUGGACAGUGAUGCAUCUAUAGGCUUCUAAAUGUAAAACAGGGUGAUCAAAAUGAGUAGUAUGUGAUGUUACUGUAGUCUUAUGACCUUUUUUAAAAAUCUUCUUUUUGUCUUGUUUGUGUGAGGAUGGUCCUGUACAGGGAAAUCAAGAGAAUCUCCCAUCCUCCUACCCCAAGGCUCGUCUUUUUCAAGCACUUAAUACAGCAAAAAGGCUAUGUUGAAUAUGCAUUUAUAAAGAUAGAACUAUUAUUUAGCACUGUAGCCUGCAAACCAAAAACUGGUUCUUGAAGCUGAGUAGAUGGUUAAUCAGUGAUUAUUUUUAUUUCUUUGGUUAAGAGGAGGUUUGAGUGGUUUGACUGUUGGGACAGAAACGCCUGAUCAUGUGGAGUUUAUAUCUCCACCGCCCCCCCUCAGGAUGUGCAAUCACCUCAAGGAUGCUGAUGCAGGCUUCCAGGUUGUGACUGAUGAGUUUGGCCUCGUUGUUUUAUUUUGUAGGUGUGUUCAUAGAGAGUUCUUCCUAUUAUAUGCAAGUUUCCUCGUAUAUUUCAAAAAGAAAUCCCUCCCCCCCCGCCCCGCUCCCUUUUUCCUUGUUGUUUCAUGUUCAGGUGCCUGUGUGAGGGGGGGGGGAUAAAUCUACUUUUACAGCGAUUUUGAUUGUUUAAAAUCUGCUUGCAGCGUAUAUCCGUGCCAUUUUUUUUUUUUUGUUUGUUUUAUUGUAUCAUUUGCGAUGCUGUUUAAGUUUUCUUACAGCUAAUCCUAAUUUCUUCUUUUUAAAGUGACAUGGACCCGGCUGAAACAUUUAGUCAUUUUCUGUGUUUUUUGUUUUUGUAGUUUCCUUUUUUUUUUUGAAAAUGUCAUGGCUUGUGUUCAGAAUUGUGUGACCUAAAGCCAAAAUAGGUUUGAAUGGGAACGGACGACAACCGCUUGCUGGUUUAUUAUUACUACUCAUGGCAGUCCAUUGUAAAGUUUAAUGUCUGAAGUAGCACAUAAUUGAUUUGAACUGAUUUAACAAAAAACAAAAAAAAUUGGUGUUUUAACGUGUUUAAAAAAAGAAAAAAAAACAUUUUUAUUUUUGAGUUAUAACCUAAGUUAUCCAUAGAUGCACAAGUAGGAUGAAACUAAAAGGAAUAAAUGAUACAUAAAAUCAGUAUGUUUUCAUUUUUUUUUACGAGUUUUAGAUGAUUUAGUCACUAAUUAAGGCUGAUGUACACCUAUUUCCUCCCCUAAUAGCACCAACGUUAAUAUAUUUGAAGUCUUUUCCAGCAGAUUUUAUACUUUAAUUCAUUUCAAAUAGUUGUGAUGGAGUGAUGAGCGUUGAUAUCCACUGCAUCCCAGAGUUCCUCUUAAUAUAUUUUUGUUAUUUGUAGUGAUGUUGAUCAUGUUUGUGAGGGGCGAGUGAGGUAUUAACGUGCGGUUCAACAACUCUGAAUCUGCUUUUUUUUUUUCGCCAAAGGUACACUACUCAGAGAUUCAGCUACUGAAUGGCAAAACGCACAGACCGGAGACGUUGUUGUUGUUGAUGAUGAUGUCGAUGUCAUAACCAGCUUCCUGACAUCGUGCUGGGUUUGGAGUUUUUUUUCUUUACUAGUGAAGAGAAGUCACUACUGUAGCAGCUGAAUGUCACUUUGAGCGUGUUAUUACACAGUGUGAAAGAGGAGGAGGAGGUUACAAAAAAAAAAAGAUAAAACAAAUACCGAAAGUGCUGCUUCUUCAUCCAGUAAUCAAUCGUCUGUAAUGGGAAAUGCUGGACUUGGUGUUUGUGCUCAACUUAAAAACUGUCCCUCCUUUUUUAAACUGUCAUUGCCUCUUGUGGAAAUAUUUUAAUUUAGGGGGCUUUUUUUUCUUUUCUGUUUUUAUUCAGUGACACAUCAGGGGUACACUGUUUUUUUUCUUUCUUUUGUUUCCACACAUGGGGAGUGAAGGGCAACAUGUGUCUUUACAGGAUUCAGUCACGAAAAGAGGUGAUAUGUUGUGCCGAGUCAUCUUGUUUUUGUUAUGUUUCUCUGUGUCAUCUCAAAUGGCUGUUGUACUUGUUGAUGCAUUAUUUUAUUUUUUUCUUGGUCUGCUCCUCCUCUUUUUUUUUUCUUUUUUUUUUGUUUAUCACCUUUUUUUUUCUCUCGUUCCCCCUCCACCUCACCACCUCCUCCUCUAUAAAUUUGAGGCAAUAGCAGUUCUUUUUCGUCUUAGAGGUCGACAUUUUAAGUUUUUAAGUGAGCAGUCUGAUUAUUUAAAAAAAAUAUUUUGUUGUUUUGAAUUUAACAGAAGUGUCACAUUAUGUUUUUUUGUUUGUUUUUAAAGCAUGAUAAUAACCCUCAAAUUCCAAACAAUGUAAUAGAGUCAAUAAAAAAAAAAACCCUCCAGUGUUCACAAUUUUAGUUUCCAUUAAAAUGUCAAAUUUUCAUGAAGAA